CACCCCCUUACCCGCAGAGCCCUAUAACUUUCGGGCUGCACACCCCUCCCACAGGCCAAAUCCGCCCAGCUUCUGCCCUGCAGGGUCCCCUCGGAGACAGUAUGGCUACCCAGUGCCUUUGUCUCCUGAUUCUCACCUCUCUGCUGGCCCUGGCAGCACCUCUUGUCUUCGACAUAAAAAACUUGCAUCUCUUAAAUGGAACGAUGGAUGAGAUUAUGAAUAUUCACCCUGAGCCCGUCCAGCCUGAUGAGGGGGACCACCACGUUCGACAGGUCAGAGAUGUUGCCCCGCACCCACCAGUGGCCCAUGGUUGGCCUAAGGACUGCAGUGAGAUCCCUCCUGGCAGCCACAGCGGUAUCUACAUCAUACAGCCAAAGGGCCUCCACCAGCUCGUGGUGUACUGCGAGAUGAACGCCACAGGCGGGGGCUGGACGGUCAUCCAGAGGAACCAGAAGGACACAACUGUCACCUGGGCCGAGUCCUGGAGCACCUACAAGUACGGCUUUGGGAACGUGCACGGCGACUACUGGCUGGGCACCGAGUACAUCCACCAGAUCGCCAAGCAGAAGGUCUACCAGGUCAGGUUCGUCAUCUCAGACAACACAAACAACAUCAAGUUUGCAGACUACAACCUCUUCAGCGUGGAGGAUGAGGCCCACGGGUACCGGCUGCGGCUGGGCUCCUACGCAGGGACAGCAGGGGAUGCCAUGACUUCAGACAAUCCCAGCACUAUGCAUGACAACAUGAAGUUCUCCACCAAAGAUCGGGAUCAGGACAACUACAGUAAGAACUGUGCCUAUAGCUAUGAGGGCGGGUGGUGGUUUUCGUCCUGUUAUUCCGUGCGGCUGAAUUUCAAGGGCGGCAUGACGUGGGGCAGCCUGUGCAAAGGGGACUGCAAAUCCUCGCUCAUCCUCAUCAAGCCAGCUCCGUACUGUUAGCACCUCUUCUCCCUCCUGUCUGCAUCUGAUGCUCUGCAAGGCUGGGGCCUUUCUGGGGCAGAGAGGGAGCCUAAGGGUGCUGGGGGUCAGUGAAAUACCAUCUGCUCUUCCUCUCUCUUCCCCUUCUUUGCCCAUUUCUCCCUGUGCUUGCCAGUGAUUAAUUUUUGUUUUCUUCAUAAUCAAGAAAAGAAAGGGAAAAAAAAAAUAUUUGCAAAAUGUGUGAAUUCUGUGUGUACCUUCCAUGGGGGAGGAAAACACAGAGCCCUGGAGUAACAUUUCACCACUGAAACAUUGAAACAUCACCACCAUUGUUAGUUGUCUCCAGAACUCACAGCAAGCAGGAGGGCCAUGUGCCACAAAUGUCUGUGUAUCCGCACCUCUCCGUGGUGUCUGUUAGAGUAGCCAAAUAAACGUGCUUCCUUCAGCUCACUGUACAUCACUGGACAUCUGUUCUGUACAUCCUGCUGCAGCCAGCGAGAUCCCACAGUGGGUGCUUGGUUGGAGCAAUGGGGCUCAGUGAAGGGAAGGUCCCACGUGAUUCUCAUGGGGAUGGAUGCUAGCUAAUUAAAUCAGUUACGCUGAGAGAACAGACCUGUAACUCUGUGCUGGGGGGGUCAGAAGGGAUAAGGCACGUGGGAGGAUGAUCCCACACCACUGCCGUGCUCACAGUCCUGCACUCCAUGCUGUGGUGGUGUCCCCAUGCCGUGGAUCUGCUCCUGCCCAGGGUCUGUGCCUGUUGGGAGGUGUGUUGGCUGGGAAUCCUGCUGGGAUUCCACACAGACGUGAC